GAUAACAUUGUGUUCUGUCGACCGACGGUACUGCAACAACAGUUGGAGCAAGUGUUGCUCAAAUGGGCACGACAGCAGUUGGAUUUGGGACCAACUGAAGGCGCCUGUUUACUUGACCCGGACCAUGGCGACGGCAAUGAUGAUGCUGACGAAGACGACCACAGCAGUCUGGAGGAAGAGGAGGAAGAAGAAGAAGAGGAACCUGAUUCUGACGAUACUCCACACUCCUUGUGUGUGGGCGUCAAGGACGCUAAUGUCGCCCGGAGCAACGCUGGUGCCGCUGUGCUCUCCUGCAUUUUAGCCUUCCGUCAACUCUACAACCAUCCAUCCCUGCUGCACAGCUUUCUGCGCAAGCACUUUUGUCAGAAGUCCGCUGGUGCCCGAAAGUCCAUACGAAGUGACUUACUGGAGGAAUUACUCGACAAAUGGAAGUCCUCGCCAUCUUCCUUAAAUCCCCUUUCCUGCUCUGAGCUCAGCCUGACCUCGGGAAAAUUAAUUGUUCUCCAACAUCUCCUCCGUAACCUACUUUCACUUUCCACUGGCUCAGGUGGCAAGCCCCACCGCAUCGUGCUGGUUUCCAACUUUAUUCAGGCAAGCGUUGUGCAAUAA